AUGUAUUUUGUCCAGUCUCCCAGUCGAAGGCCUACCAGCACGCUCGAGGGUGAUGCUUCUGCUGUGCUGCCUAUGCACAACCCAGCGACACCUCGAACAGCAAGGCAUACUAUGCCACAGCAAGCAGAAGACACACCUGAAAAGGCCUUUCUGAGGCACGAAGUGAGGCGUUACUCGCAACUGCAAACUGCGACCAAGAAAAAGAUCAAGACUCUGCAGCAAUCCCGUCGCCGGCUUUUACAUAAGGUUGCUCAUCUUCAAGAUGUCAUUCAAGAUUUGUCUGAGAAUCGCAUUCUAGGAAAUGAGGAUGUUGCCACGCUGCAGAGUCUUGGUGGGGCAAAAAAAGACUUGCUCAUGCGUCAACUGACACGUAAGUCUGGUGCAGCAGUGUCACCCACUUAUUCGCCAGAGCUCAGGGCAUUUGCACUGACGUUGCAUUUUUAUUCACCUAGAGCAUACCGAUAUGUACGAGCUACUUUUGACACAUGCCUUCCGCAUCCAAAGACUCUGUGCAAAUGGUACCAAUCCAUUGAUGGGGCUGCUGGGUUUUCAAAAGAGGCACUGACUGCAUUGGCUAUGAAGGAUGUCCGAGACAUGAGCUUCAGUAAAUUCAUUGUCUUCAGACACCUCAUUCUCAGAUACCUGAGGUGA